UAACCAGGGCAACAUGAGGAUACUUCGCCGUCGCGGACCGGUGAUCGGCGAGUUGGGUGUGUCCAUGGCCGUCCUGGUGAUGCGUGAGCAGCGGGUACUCCUGGCCCGUCCGUUUCUCCGGAGAAACACUUGCCUCGACCCGGUCAGCCGACCCGAUUUCCUCUUUAGCUGCACUGGAGGGGGCCGAACGGUACCCGAAAGAUGGACGCCGUCACCGAACCGGAGCGAAGCUCGAACACUGGCGAUGGAAGCCCCGCGUCCGGCGGGCGGAAGCCGAAGGUGGUGGUCAUAAUGGGCCCCACCGGCUCCGGCAAGUCGCGCCUGGCCAUCGACUUGGCUUCCCAUCUCCCCAUCGAGAUCAUCAACGCCGACUCCAUGCAGGUCUAUCGCGGCCUCGACAUGCUCACCAACAAGGUUCCCCUCGAUCAGCAGCAAGGAGUGCCUCAUCAUCUUUUGGGCACUGUGAGUCCGAACGUGGAGUUCACAGCCAAGGCGUUUAGGGACUCUGCUGUUCCUCUCAUUGAUGAGAUCUUGUCUCGAAAUAAUUUGCCAGUCAUCGUUGGGGGUACAAAUUACUACAUCCAGGCUCUCGUGAGUCCGUUCCUUCUGGAUGAUUCAAUGGAUCACAUGGAUGACAGCCACUUAGAUGAAACUCCUGGUGACGAGCAUGACAAUUUUGAAGUUGAUUCCAAUAGAGAUAGGAAUCCUCUCACCUUCGAUCGCUUGAAAGACGUCGAUCCAGUUGCUGCACAAAGAAUUCAUCCGAAUAACCAGAGAAAAAUCAAUCAAUAUCUUAGUCUGUAUGCUCAAUCUGGGCUCCUCCCCAGUGAACUAUUUCAGAGCAGAACUGUAGAGAACUGGGGGCGUGUUGAGAAUUCGAAGUAUGAUUGCUGUUUGAUAUGUGUGGAUCCAUGUCUUCCAGUUCUCGAUCGAUAUGUGGAGCAAAGAGUUGACUGCAUGAUGGAAGCCGGUUUGCUUAAUGAAGUCUAUGACAUCUACUGCCCAAACUCAGAUUACACUCGAGGUCUGCGCCAGGCAAUUGGGGCACGAGAAUUCGAGGAUUUUCUGCAGGUCUACAUUGCUGACGCUGGUGACUCUGAAACAAGCAGUUCUCAUGACAAGAAUAUGUUGAAAGAAAACAUUGGGUUGAUCUUGGCAUCCCUUCCGACAAAUCAACUAAAAGUGUUACUACAAGAAGCUGUUGACAAACUUAAACUAAACACUCGAAGACUUGUGCGACGACAGAAAAGGAGGAUCCGUCGACUGCAGACGUUGUUUGGGUGGAACAUCCAUUAUGUGGAUGCAACAGAAGCCAUCUCGUGUCAGUCAGAAGACUCCUGGAUCAAGCAAGUAGUUCAACCUUCUGUGCAACGUAUAAGAUCUUUUUAUGGAGAGAGCGUGAGCAUCAUGCCUGAUGUUGAAGGCCCAAAAGGCUCUGCUACUAAUUUGCUGCAAACAGACUUGUGGACCCAAUAUACAUGCAAGGCCUGUGGUGAUCGUGUGCUUAGAGGAGCACAUGAGUGGGAACAGCACAAGCAGGGCCGAGCUCAUCGAAAACGAACUGCACGGCUGAGAAAGUCUCUAAAUCAAGGUUUGGUCACUGUAGUGGAACAACAACAGUAGCAACAUUAGGAGUUAGGGGGUUUUUUUAAAAAAUUUACAGCAAUGUUUCUCAUGGAUAUUUGUAAUUAGUAAUGAGAGCGUUCGUUGUCCA